UUGGUGCUGGCGCCUUUUGUUUUCUCGCCAAUGUCGGGUCUGUCGAUUCUGGGGCCUGUGGUGCUGUCCCCGUCUAUUUUCAGUGUUCUACUGCUUGACGUCUCUGUGCUCGGUCCAUACGUGUUGAGUCCAGCGUUCUUUUUGCCCUUCAUUGUGUCGCCGUAUCUACUCUCACCCUACGUUCUCUCGCCAAUCUUUGGCGCACCGUUCAUCCUCAAUCCGUACGUUCUCUCACCGAACGUCAUCAACCCGUAUGUGUUGAGUCCACUGAUUCUGAGUCCCUAUGUACUCUGCCCGGACGUCUAUUCGCCACAAGCCUUAGGUGGUGCUAUCCUGUCGCCAAGCGCUUGGUCGCCUGCGUUCAUGACCGAAUCGUUGCUGAUGGCUUCGGUGCUUUCGCCAACGUUCAUGUCGUGA